UUCAGCUCAGUCAGACCCGGCAACUCGACGACCCACGACAAUCUCUUCUUUAUCCAACAUAUAGCAAAUUAUAGCCUUUGAAAAAUGACUGGCGGCCAGCACUUUGUCGGUAAAUACCAAAUGAUCAGCCAGGACAACCUGGACGACUAUCUCAAAGCCAUAGGCGUCAACGUUCCAAUGAGAAACAUGGCAACUAGUGUCAAAGCUCACAUCGAAUGUACCAUCACCGACGACGUGUGGAACUUGACGAUUCAUAUGGGCGCCCGUGACGUCACCAUCAAAUUCAAAUUGGGCGUCGAGCAGGACAUGCACACUCCCGACGGUCGCCAAAUCAAGGCGACGUACAAUUUGGAAGGAGAUAAAUUGAUUGCUCACGAGAUUUGGGGUGACAAAGAAGCCACCGUCGUUCACGAAGUCAACGGAGAAGAUUGGACAGCGACAAUGACUUGCGGUGACGUCUGCUGCGUCCGUCGCUUCAAGCGUGAAUAAUCAUCCGCACCCACCGGCGUUUAAUACUUGGAGAAAAAAUUGUUGUUCUAGCGCCAAUUUGGAUCAUUCACGCGGCAGCACACCUAUAUGCUUUGAUUGUUUCUCUGUGUUUAAUUUGAUGUAUUACUCAUCUCUGUCUCUAGUCGUAUAAAAUACACGUAUUGAUUCACCCAA